AUGACUACAUGGCCUGUUCGUGGCUACAACGAACACCUCGCCACAGACAACAAUCUUUUUUACCAUUUUCGCUUCCCAAGACGAGAGUCGACCAGAAUUAUCACAAGGCUUUGCUUGAACGUCAGGAGAGCUUGUCUCUCCUUAUCUCUGCAUCGGAUGUUUUUCCCCUUCGGCACUUGGAUUGAAGCCAUUUGCAACUACCAUAACAGUUGCAAAUGGCUUCAAUCCAAGUGCCGAAGGGGAAAACAUCGAUGCAGAGAUAAGGAGAGACAAGCUCUCCUGACGUUCAAGCAAAGCCUUGUUGAUAAUUCUGGUCGACUCUCGUCUUGGGGAAGCGAAAAUGGUAAAAAAGAUUGUUGUCUGUGGCGAGGUGUUCGUUGUAGCCACAGAACAGGCCAUGUAGUCAUGCUUGAUCUUCAUCAUCCUCUGACCUUUGAUGAUGAAUUUGAUGGCUUUGUAAAUAGUAGUCUGAGAGGUAAGAUUAAUCCUUCACUGCUUGAACUGAGGUAUUUAAGAUAUUUAGACCUUACUUACAAUGAUUUUGGAGGAACUCAGUUUCCGAAUAUCAAUGGCUCACUAAGCAAGUUAAGACACCUCGAUCUUCAUGAUACUGGGUUAAGUUUCACAACCCUGAAUCAGAUUCUGAAUCUUUCUUCUUUAAGAUAUCUUGACCUCAGUUCGAACAACCUUAAUGGUGCCAAGGAUUGGCCUCAACUGCUCAUCAAGCUUCCAUACCUAGAACACUUACGCAAGAUUGUUGAUCUUACCCUUCAAAGUACCUUGUUAGAAGGCUCAAUUCCAGACUUUUUCAGGAACUUGGUUUCACUUGAACAUCUUGAUCUGUCCGAUAAUGAACUUGGAGGUGAGAUUCCAGAAUUCCUUGGGAACAUUUGUACUUUAAAAACAUUGGACCUUUCUGAAAACUACUUCAGUAGAUUUGUUCCAGCUGGCUUGUCUGGGUGCAUACAGAAUUCAUUGGAGAUUCUGAGCCUGCCUUGGAAUCGCUUUCAAAAUUCAUUCAGUUUGUCUUAUCUUACAGGUCCUUUACCUGAUCUCACCCAGUUUUCAUCAUUGAAAUAUUUAGAUAUUGGCCAUAAUCGAUUCAAUGGAACAGUGACUGAAAGUCUAGGAUGCCUGCCUGAACUCGAGCAUCUGGAUGCUUCUUGGAAUUCUUUGGAAGGUGCGAUAUCCGAAGAGCAUUUUGAAAAUCUCUCCAAAUUACAUACACUUGACCUAUCCUUUAAUCUUUUAACUUUCAAUGUCAGCUCCGGUUGGAUUCCUCCUUUUCAGUUGAAUCAAAUUCAUCUAUCAUUUUGCAAUUUGGGGCCUCACUUCCCAAAAUGGCUUCAUACUCAAAGAAGUUUUCAGGAUCUUGAUAUCUCCGGUGCUGGAAUUUCAGACUUAUCACCAGUCAAGCUUCUUACAUUUAUUGGAAUAGAUUUAAGUUCAAACCUGUUUGAGGGUCCAUUGCCAGUCUUUCCUUAUAAUGUGACCAAAUUAAUUCUUGCUAAAAAUAGAUUUUCGGGAUCAGUUUCUCCAUUGUGUAAGAAUACAGCUGGGUGGCUUCCUGAUUGCUUUUUCCACUGGCAAGACAUCGUAGUUUUGAAUUUAGCUAAUAAUAACUUCUCUGGGGUUAUUCCAACUGCUGUGGGAUCUCUGUUGUCACUUGAAACAAUUAAAUUGCACGCCUGGGUAGGAGAAAACCUGUCAUCUUUGAUAUUUUUGAGUCUACAAGGUAAUGAAUUCAAUGGGAGGAUACCUUCCAAUUUUAUGCCAAUUAGCAAAUAUAACGGAUUCUGGACCUCUCUCAAAACUUUUCUCUCUGGAGCAAUACCAUCGUGUCUUGAUAAUUUGACAGCCAUGGUUCAAAAAGGAGACUCAAAUGAUAUCACGGAGGACAUUUAUGUGUCUUCCAUGCAAGCUUAUAUUUUCUUUGGAGGCCACUAUAUUGAAAAGGCAAUGGUUAGAUGGAAAGGAAAAGAGUAUGAGUACGAAAGAAGUCUUGGGCUGUUAGGAUCAUUGAUCUUGCAGGCAACAAUUAGUUGGAGAAAUUCCGUGAUGAGAUAA